GUGACAAAUAUUCUUUUCCAUUGGCAUUUUCUUUAAAAUAUUCGUAUAAUCAAACGCAUAAUCACAAACGAACCUCACCCUCCCAACCCCCUCUUUCGCAAUUCGUUUGAUCAAUUUCCAGAUUCCACAUCAAUUUCACGAUCGCUUCAUUCCCCUGUUUCUGAACAUUGGUGUAGUUGAUUAAGAGUUUCUGAUUCUGGGUUAUGGAUAAUCUUCCUGUUGAAGUGAUUGGUAAUAUACUAUCCCUUCUCGGGUCGGCCCGCGAUGUUGUGAUUGCAUCCUUAACUUGCAAGAAAUGGAGACAAGCAUGGCGUUAUCAUCUCCAUACUCUUGAAUUCAUCACUUUUGAUUGGCCUGUUUAUCGCGAAUUAUCAUCCAGUACGUUGGAAAUAAUUAUCACUCAAACAAUUUUUCAAACCAAGGCAUUGCGGUGUUUAACGAUUAAAAUGGAUGAUGUUCAUGAAUUCUCGGCUGCAUCGGUGAUUGCUUGGUUUAUGUAUACGAGGGAGGAUUUGCGCCGGUUGCAUUUUUAUGUGAACACGCCGCCGAUGUUUAAUAUUAUUGAGAAAUGUGCUAGGCAGAAGUUGGAAGUGUUGGUGUUGGGUCAGAAUUUUAUCACGCGUGUGGAGCCGAGUUAUCUAAAGUUUCCUUGUUUGAAGUCGCUUUCCUUGAGUUUUGUUAGUAUCUCGGCGUUGGAUUUGAGUCUUUUGCUUAGUGUGUGUCCGAGGCUUGAAACGUUGGCUUUGGUUAGUCCGGAAAUUGCUAUGUCGGAUUCACAGGCUUCCAUGGAGCUUAGUAGCAGUUCUUUGAAGGAAUUCUCUGUUGAGUCGUUUGGUUUGGAUAAGUUUGUAUUGGAGGCGGACUUACUUGAGUGUUUGCAUCUUAAAGAUUGUACCUUUGAGGUUUUUGAAUUUAUUGGGAAGGAAGGUUUGAAAGUGUUGAAGGUUGAUGAUGUGAGUGUCAUUCAUCUUGAUAUUGGUGAGAAUGCUGAUAACCUUGAGUAUGUUGACAUAAGCAACUUCACAAUUAUGUGGCCAAAGUUUUAUCAUAUGAUUUCAAAAGCAUCUAAGUUACGUAGACUUCGGCUGUGGGAGGUUGUUUUUGAAGAUGAUGACGAAGUUGUAGACAUGGAAACGAUUUCUGUUUGUUUUCCUCAAUUGAUGCACUUGUGCUUAAGCUAUGAUUUGAGAGAUGGUGUACUUAAUUACGGCUUGCAAGGUUUUUCUCUGAUGAGGAACGUGGCGGUGCUAGAACUUGGAUGGACUUCAAUCAAUGAUCUUUUUGUGGAAUGGGUAGAUGGGCUUUUGGAAAGAUGUCCCAACCUGAAAAAAUUGGUCAUUCAUGGUUUUGUUUCAGAGGUCAAAACACAUGAAGAGUGCCAAAUUUUGGCAAAAUUUACUGAAUUCAUUAUUCAACUUGGAAGAGAAUAUAUGGAUAUAAAGAUAGAGUUUGAAUAUGAAUAGUGAGUCCUGUAAUACUCAUUCAUUCUUGUCAAAGCCUUCAUUUUUUAUAUCAAACGUGUUUUGUGUUGUUCAUUGUUGUCCAUUUUCUCAAUUGUGAAUCACAAUAGUUAAGUAAUUGUAAAGGGACAGAUUUUUUGUGUAAGACAGAAUUUGAAAACUUUAGUUCUUCCAUUAGAUCUAAAGCCUGGAAUUGGCUAUUUGGUCAUCACAUUCCCUUUCUUUUAAUUCAUGUUCUAUUAAUUUCUGGGGAGAUGAGCAGGUUGCAAUAUCAAUUCAUGGUUUUUCCUUUU